UAGUUGAUACUUGUCAUUAGUAGUAAAAAUUAAAAAUAAACAGCGGCUGCAUAAGUUAUUUUUUCUUCCAAGUAGAUAGCUGUAGACCUAAAUCAAUAAGAAUAAAGAAUAAAUCAUGAGCGAAACGUCGGCGGAGCCAGUGAAACCUAAAAUAAAACAUGACUGGUACCAAACAGACUCCCUCGUGGUUGUGACGAUACUACUUAAGAAUGCGUCCAGUGACAAAGUGAAAGUGCACUAUGGGGAUCGAAGUCUUUCGGUCUCAAGUGUAAUACCGGAUUCAGAUUCAGAAUACAGUCUAGAAUUAGAACUAGCACAUGAAAUAGUUCCAUCGAUGUGUGUACAUGUCGUUUCACCUUCCAAGAUAGAGGUGAAAUUAAAGAAGAAGGAGGGAUUGAGGUGGAAUCUUUUGGAAGGUCAAGGUCAAGAGGAGAAGAUCAAGGCCAUACCGCAGGCCGUCUUAGACGCGUCCGGACCAAAGAAGCCGCCGCAAAUCUUCAAAAAGGAUUGGGAUAAAAUUGAGAAAGAUAUUAAGAAAAUGGAAGAAGAGGAAAAGCCAGAAGGGGAUGCAGCGCUAAACGCCCUCUUUCAGAAGAUAUACGGGGAAGGUUCCGACGAAGUGAGGCGUGCUAUGAACAAGAGUUUCGUGGAGUCUGGCGGGACGGUGCUGAGUACGAAUUGGAAUCAAGUGGCGACCGAGAAGGUAGAAGUUAAACCGCCAGACGGACUCGAGUUCAAGAAGUGGGACAACUAGACGGACAAAUAAUUAUAAUAUUUAUUAUAUAAUAAAAUAUAAUGAUACAACUAAACUUAUAUAUAGAUGUAUUAUGAACUCAUUACAAAUAGCAUUUGUACAAUUUUGUUAAAAAGAAAUGUUUGUGUUAAAGCA